AACAAUAAAACAGGAACAUUUCCGCUGUAUUUCGGAUAUUUUUGCCAUUUCUAAGCCGGUCGAUCCGAUUAUAUCAAUAGUAUAAAAUACUCCGCAGAUCGGAGCCAAAACAGUAUCUAUUCUCCAACGGAGAGAAAGUUAUUGCACAAAAACAAAAAAAAUGCGACGCCGUGAACUGCAAACUAUUCAACUAAAGCUAUCCGAGCUGAAGGAGUAUGAACAAGCCAAGCUGGAGCGGCUCAAGACACGCCAGCAGGGAAUGACGCCACGUACACCCACUCCUCCGUCGGACAGCGAGGUUUUGGCGAUGCCCUCAAGCAGCAUUCCAGAGGCUAGUGGCGCCAAUGAGACCGAGGAAGAUGCGUGUUCCACGUCCAAGCCCACCUCGACUAUGUAACUCGCCCUCCACUUCUGGAUUCGCUUAUGAUAUUCAGACACCUUGGACUUGGACUGGAACCGCAUCAUCUUCACAAUCUCGCACAACUACCAAAUAUUUACAUGUAUCAUGUAUUAUUUUGCUAAACAGAAUCCAGAAGCGAUAUCCGCAGCUACACUUUCUGUUUAGUUAGUUAGUCUGUAGAUAUUAAGCACCAAACUAUUAAAUGUAAGCCAUCACACAAGAAUAAAUAAAUCGUAGAUUAUGCUAAAUAUUUCACGACGCCACCUGCAGUUUUGGGGAUGUUCGUUCCAAUGCACGCAGACGAUGUGCCCCUCGCGACGAUCAUUUGCCGACUGGCCGUCUGGGGACCGGACCUCGUCUGUCUGUACAGAGC